UUUUGUCCCGACUCGAUACUCGUUUCGUGAUUCCCGUAUCGUGCGCUGACCGUCUCGUCUCGGACACGCCCGCACGGCUGACGUCUGACGUGCUACCGCGACGGGCGAGGCGUGCGACCUGGUGCGACGCGGGACGACUCUUUUUCGUAAACAGUGUGGAUUACGUUAUCGCAGUUUGUAUGUGGUGUGUGUGUGUGUGUGUGUGUGUGUGUGUGUGCGUGCGUGUGCGGGUGCGUAUGCGUGAGCGAUAUACAGUACAAGGACGCUUCUAUUUCGGGGCACACCUAGUUUGCGAAGGUCAGAGAGAAAGCUCGCGGACUUGUGUAGUAUAAUUUUUGCGCUCGCAGCGCAGUUCGCCAUGAGCUGGUCGGUAUGUGCGUCACCCCUGCCACCCCCCUCCCCUCCUCCUCCUCCUCCUCCCCCGCAGCCUGCCCGCCUUACCCCCCCAGCUCACACUCGCUGGACCAGUCUCGGUGAGCCGGCCGGCGGCGUGGUGGUGGUUGUGGCGGCAGUAGUAAGGCACGACACGCAGAGGCGAAGGCGGCCGAGCUCUGCGUGCAGCGCGUCACCGUCGUUACUGUCACAGUAACGUCACAGUUGUCACCAUCGUCACCGUCGUCACCAUCCUCGCCGUCACCAUGGCGUCGUUCUGGUGCGCGACGCUGCUGCUGCUGCUGCUGCUGCUGCUGGCCGCGGGCCUGCGCGCUGAGAAUCAGCACCUCGCCGACGGCGACGAGUGCACCAUGGACAACGGCAGCGCCGGGGUGUGCCGCCGGCUGUCGCAGUGCCCGUGGGCGCUGGCCGAGAAGCACCGCGGCCGACGUCCCAAGGUGUGCGACCGUCGCGGGGAGUGGACCAUCGUCUGCUGCAAGGGGCGCGCCGUCGCCAAGCCCUCGACCGCCGCGCCGCCCGCCGCCGCCGUGCUCACGGGCAACAGGUUCGGCGAGACGCAGCAGGACAAGGACACGUCACGCAUCGCCCGCAAAAAAUGCGACGAGUACGCGUCGUACGUGUUCGUCGAGGGCCUCAGCACGUCCACGGCCAAGAUCGACCAGUGCGCCAUCCUCGCCGACGAGCUGAUUGUCGGCGGGACCGAGACCAAGCCCAUGGAGUUCCCGCACAUGGUCAGUAUGGUAGUUACACCAGUCAGGAGUCACUCGCGCUGCACUCAAACUUAG